CUCGAGUUAGAAAGCCCACGUUUCUAGAGAGAGAAAACAAAAAGCAAAAGUAAACGAGGAGAGAAGAAAGAAAACGUACUUGAUCGGUCUCCGGCAGAAACGGUGGUUACAAGACGGCAACUGUUGUUCUGUUCUUUUUUUUCUUUUUGUCUUAAAAGUUGUCGUCUGCUUCAAGGUUGGUUUGAGUUAGGUUUGAAUCUGAAGGAGGAAGAUAGAUGAAAGCUCUGAGAAGGAUUCAAACGACGUCAUCUUCAUCUAAUCCUUCAUCGCCAUUAACAUCUCCUCGUUCUUCACCUUCUUCAUCUUCUUGGAUCCAUUUGCGUUCUGCUCUCUUCGUUGCCGCAUCUUCAUCUCCUUCUUCCUCUUCUUUUUCUGAUCGGGCUCGUUUGAAAUCACCAUGGUCUCAUAAGAAAAGGAAAAAACCACUCAGAGCUAAACAGUGGAAGAGAUUCUUCACUUCUGAUGGUAAACUUCGUAAUGGAGGUGUUGAUUUGUUGAGGAAAGUCCGUAGAAGAGGUAUUGAGCCGAGUAUUCGAUGUGAGGUCUGGCCAUUCCUUCUUGGAGUGUAUAGUUUUAAUAGUUCCAAAGCAGAGAGAGUUACUAUAAGAACAUGGAGAAGAAAGGAGUACGAGAGACUACGCAGAGAAUGCAAGCGUCUUCAAAAACACAACAACGGGACUCUCAAACUAAACACUAUGCAAAACGAGUAUGACUGGACUCAAGUCCAAGACACUGACAGUUUAUGUUCUGACGAAGUCGUCAGCGCCCGUGAGUAUCUCUCUAGCGACGAAGACAUAGGCUACAUGAGUGAAGUUUCAUGUACUGUUGAGAGAGCCAACAGCAGCUCAAGACGUUUCACCACUGCUACUAUCUCCACUCUCAACUCCGAUUCAUCAGACUCUGAUUCUUCAGACGAGAGUGAAGUGGUUCAGGUCUUUCAGCCUUCAGCUACUCCUGAUGUGAAUCGACCAAGCUCCUCUACUAUCCCUCGGACAGAAGAGGAUUUCGUGACGUGGCAGCGUAUUAUUCGUCUAGAUGCUGUUCGUGCUAACUCAGAGUGGACUCCUUGCUCUCCUUCUCAAGCAGCUAUAUCUGAGGACAGAGCUUGUCGUGCAGCUGAAGCUGUGGGGUUAAAAGAUUACCAUCACUUGGAACCGUACAAGAUCUUUCAAGCUGCUAGGCUUGUUGCUGUUCUUGAAGCCUAUGCUUUGUAUGACUCUGACAUUGGAUACUGUCAAGGGAUGAGUGAUCUUCUCUCUCCAAUACUCUCUGUGAUCCCUGAUGACCAUGAAGCGUUCUGGUGUUUUGUCGGAUUCAUGAAGAAAGCUAGGCAUAAUUUCAGACUUGAUGAGGUUGGAAUCAGAAGACAACUCAACAUAGUGUCUAAGAUAAUCAAAUCUAAAGACUCUCAGCUUUAUAGACACCUUGAGAAGCUUCAAGCAGAAGACUGUUUCUUUGUGUACAGAAUGGUUGUUGUAAUGUUCAGACGGGAGCUGACACUAGACCAGACGUUUUGUCUGUGGGAAGUGAUGUGGGCAGACCAAGCUGCUAUAAGAGCAGGGAUGGGGAAGUCGGCUUGGAGCAGGAUAAGGCAGCGUGCACCUCCCACGGAUGAUUUGGUGUUGUAUGCUAUAGCUGCAUCAGUGUUGCAGAGAAGAAAGCUGAUAAUAGAGAAGUAUAACUGUAUGGAUGAGAUUCUAAGGGAGUGUCAUAGUAUGGCAGGGCAACUAGAUGUGUGGAAGCUUUUGGAUGAUGCACAUGACCUUGUUGUUACUCUUCACACCAAGAUUGAACAUUCGUUCUCAUAAGAUUUUAUAAAAAUUUCAGUGACUGGUGGUGUUAAAGGUGGGGGUUCUUGGUGAGAGUCCUCUGGUUCAUUGCAGGCCAAAUUGGCUUGUGAGUAUGAGCUUUGUCUGAAUCCUUGGUUGAUGAAAUGAGGCUAGAGAUUGGAAAGAGAGUGGUGAAUAGGGAUGUGUGUAUUUAAUUGAAAAUAAUUGUAUGUGUGUGUUGUGAAAACUGUGAAAAGAUUUGGGGGGCUUUUGCAAAUUCCAUAGGGGAGAUUCUUUACUUGAGAAAUCAAAACUGCUUUCAUACAAUCUUUGUGUGAGUAAACAAAACUGUGGAAAGUGUAUUUGAUGAGGAGAAUGUGUUGUUUUUUGCAAGGAAGAGAAGAAAUCUUUUUU